UGGUUAUAAGGCCAUGAUUGCCUGACAAAUUUCCACGAAACAAUAUUUUGCAUUAUUGGAAGUAAACAACCAUCUGGGGUCCGCAAAAAAAGUGAGCAGUCAGGCUUUCUUGUUUGACUAAUGUAUUAGAGAGAAGUGUUUCACUUCUGUAAGUUUGAGGUUGGGUGUCUGUGUUCGGCUAUGGCUCAUGUUGUCCAAAGCCAGCAGGCAAUACUAGAGAAGCUGAGGAAACAGCUUGCAAUUGCUGUGAGGAGUGUACAGUGGAGCUACGCAAUUUUCUGGUCACUGUCAACCAGACAGAAAGGGGUACUGGAAUGGGGUGGUGGGUACUACAAUGGGGACAUCAAGACUAGGAAAGUUCAAGCCACGGAACUUAAAGCUGAUAAAAUAGGCUUACAGAGGAGUGAGCAAUUGCGAGAACUUUACAAGUCUCUCCUUGGAGGCGAUGCUGGCCAGCAGGCUAAGAGGUCUUCUCCUGCAUUGUCUCCUGAGGAUCUGUCAGAUGAGGAGUGGUAUUACUUGGUGUGCAUGUCCUUUGUAUUCAAUCCUGGUGAAGGGUUGCCAGGAAGAGCAUUGGCCAAUAAACAGACCAUCUGGUUGUGCAAUGCUCAAUAUGCAGAUAGCAAAGUAUUCUCUCGCUCUUUGCUUGCAAAGAGUGCAUCUAUUCAGACCGUGGUGUGUUUUCCCUAUCUUGAGGGAGUGAUGGAGCUAGGUGUAACUGAGCUGGUCACAGAAGACCCCAGUCUCAUUCAACAUAUCAAAGCUUCCUUAUUAGAUUUCUCAAAGCCUGAUUGCUCUGAGAAAUCUUCCUCUGCUGCUCAUAAUGGAGAUGAUGAUGAAGACCCAAUGUCUACCAAGAUCAGCCAUGAGAUAGUUGAUUCAUUAGUUUUGGAGAACCUGUACACCCCAACAGACGAUAUAGAACUUGAGCAAGAGGGAAUUAACGAUUUACAUGGAAAUUUGCGUGAAGAAUUCAAAAGGAAUUCUCCUGAUGAUUGUUCAGAUGGCUGUGAGCACAAUCACCAGACUGAAGACUCCAUGCAUGAAGGUUUAAAUGGAGGUGUUUCUCAAGUUCAAAGUUGGCAUUUCAUGGAUGAUGAAUUCAGCGAUGAUGUUCUAGAUUCUAUGAAUUCGAGUGAGUGCAUAUCAGAGGCUGUAGUGAAACAAGGAAAGGCCGUACUCUCUUCCAAGGAAAAAAAUGUAACCCGCCUUCAGUCGCAAGUAUUUCAAGAAGGAAACCACACAAAGUUGAGCUCCUUCGAUCUUGGAGCUGAUGAUGACUUGCACUACAGAAGAACUGUGUGUGUUAUUAUGAAAAGUUCAAGUCAAUCAAUUGAAAAUCCAUGUUUCCGAAGUGGAGAUCACAAGUCCAGUUUUUUUAGCUGGAAGAAAAGAGCAGUUGAUGGCGUUAUGCCACGGGUACAACAGAAUAUGUUGAAGAAGAUUUUAUUUGCAGUACCUUUGAUAUAUGGUGGCCACUCUCUUAGGUUCGACAAGGAAAAUGGAGGAACAGAUUGCCUCAAGAAAUUGGAAGGCUGUGAAACGUGCAAGGAGCAUUAUAAAUCAGAUAAACAAAGAGUGAAUGACAAAUUUAUAGUACUCAGGUCGAUGGUUCCUUCUAUUAGUGAGAUUGACAAAGAAUCAAUCCUCAGCGACACCAUUAACUACUUGAAACAGCUUGAAUCAAGAGUAGCAGAACUAGAAUCUUGCAAAGGCUGGAUAGAUCACGAGGCAGGACACAGGAGGAGUUACAUGGACAUGGUAGACCAGACAUCAGAUAACGACGACAUCAAGAAGAUUGACAAUGGAAAGAGAUCUUGGGUAAACAAGAGGAAGGCCCUUGACAUUGAUGAAGCUGAACUAGAGCUUGAUGGGGUUUCUCCCAAAGAUGGGAUGCCCUUAGAUUUGAAAGUAUGCACGAAAGAGAAGGAGGUUCUCAUUGAGAUUAGAUGUCCUUACAGGGAGUACAUGUUGCUUGAUAUCAUGGAUGAAAUCAACAAACUGCAGUUGGAUGUGCACUCAGUCCAGUCAUCCACUCUUGAUGGCAUUUUCGCAUUGACCCUGAAAUCUAAGUUUAGAGGGGCAGCAGUUGCACCAGCAGGGAUGAUCGAACAAGCACUUUGGAAAAUUGCCGGCAAGACUUGAGUCGUCAUAUAUCAACUGGUACUUGGAUGGCUUAUCCAUUCAGUACAAAUUAGUUCCUAGAUUCUCAUGUAUCAUGUAGCAGUAACUGCAUGGCCUUGUAACUGCAUAACUUCAAUUUCCCUCUUAACCUUCUUUCCAUUAUCAAAUGUUCAACCUUAGUGCUUGCAAAUUAGAUCAAGUAGUGACUUGUUAGAAGUGGUGGAGGAAUCAAAUCUUUCAGCGUAAUUUUCCUACCAAUUUGGAUCUCAUUUCAAUAAAGUGUUCUUCUUAAUGA